ACAGACCAUGCCUUGGUGGGUCAUGUUAUCCAGACAAAUGUUGUUGAGGACGAGUUUGAAUGCCAGUUAAAAUGUAUGGGAAAUAACAGCUGUAAGUCGAUUAAUGUUCAUCCCGGUGACAGCAAUGGAAAACGUAGCUGUGAGUUGAAUAAUAAAACACGACAGAUGAAGCCAGGUCAUUUUAAAAAGAAGAAAGGAUCUACAUACUACAGCUCUGUUCAGGUGGGUUCUGGGUUAAGCAGGUUUGUUGAUAACUUUCCUAUCUUGUUCACUGCCAAGAACUAUGUUUCGGAACUUUUGCUGUAUAGUUAUGAAAAAUGAGAUAAUCAAUUGUUAUUUAGUUACAAGUAGGCGUUCACUUCGUAAACGGUACACCAGGCAGGCAUUUCGGGCAAACGUUUCUCCAAGCGAGUCUUAACUAUCAUAAUUUUUUUUGCAAUUCAACCUGUUUUGCAACAACCUGCGAACCAAAAGGUUUCUUUUUUACUUGUAUAGCGUGCUCUGAGUGUUGACACGAGUGUAAGGGUAACGUCAAAUUUCCUUUUUGAAAACGCACAUUAAGCGUCUGAAUACUGAUAACGAGAAAACAAGUUUUGUUUACUCUGAACAACGAUCGAUGGCAGACAUGGAGGAGAAAAGUUCACCUUUCUGUUUUUCUAAUCAGGUCUCCUGCAUGGAUGUUUCUCGCGGGCGAAAACAAACAACUAAAAGCGGCCAGUGUCAUCCAAGAUACAAAGGAAAACAUUGUGCAACACGUAAGUGGUGGGACUGUUCUAGAACGUUCUAUUUUAAACGUUGCCAAAAAAAAAAUACAGGAUUUUGAAGUGCAAUGAGGGUAGUGUAAAUUUUCAAUUGGGGACUCCUUUUAAAACCCUUUCCUGAAGAUAAAUGCAGACAGUCAUGUUCAAGUUGGCAUAUAGUUUGUAUAUCCCGCAUAUUUUUCACUCAGCUGAGAUUCCACUGCCAUAAAGAGCAACAUGGACGAACGUUUCAUGUCAAAACGGCCGCGAACAGCUCUGGUGAAGCUGUAGCCAGGUUCUUUGCCGGUGAUACCGACGUUUUUUCCAAAGCCUGUGGUUCAUUUGAAAAACUCAAGGGAGAUAAUUCAGUCCUUGCAAGUAGAUGCGCAGAAUGGGGGAUGGAAAAUGGCGUGUAUCAUGUUGGAAAAUGGGGACAUGAAGGGCAUAAGGAGCUGUAUAUGUUCUCAGCAUUUAUCAAG